AGGCAAAUAUUUGUAGGUCUUGAGUAUUAAAAAAAAAAAAAAAAAUUUUUUUUUUGAGUAGUGGCUAUCUUUAAAUGCAUGAAUUCUUAUUCUCUUAACAUGAAGAAGGAAGAUACAUAUCCUUUUAGCAAGUUUUAAUCAUGUACCUGUUGGUGUGCUUAUCUCAUUUAAAUCUCCCAACAAUGAGGAAGGUAUUAUUUAAUUCCCAUUGUACAGAUAAGGAAACUAAGGAUUAGGAGAAUUAACUUGUUAUGGGUUAUGCAACCACUGAAUGAUAGGGGCAAGAAGUGAAACCCAUGUCUCCCUGAAACUUCAAAGCCCCAUGUUCUUAACUGGUGGAUUAAAGGACUGGAUGCAGGAAUGUAUCUGAAUGUGCUCUAGCAGCCUCUGUAUUUGGAUUGUUAACUGUUGACAGUUUCGAGUUUGUCAAUUACCGGCAUAGAUGGCCCCAAAUCAGAUGUCGCAUACUGUGGAAAUACUUUUGUUUCCUAUUCUUCCAUAGUACCAUAUUGCUUGUUCAGUAACAUGUUUUACAACCUGCUUUCUGCGCCCAUAUUUAUUCAAUCCUUUUAUCUUUGGCGAAUGCUUACUCAGGUGUGUUGACUGAAUGUGACUGUAUCAGUUCAUUACCUUGUUCUUCCUGCCCUCCAAAGCACUUAUGGUUGAUAAUAUGAGGUGAUACUGUUGGGGCUUUUAUUUCUUUUCUGUACUGCUUUUUAAGGGACUGUAUUAGGGAUCUCGAAAGUGCUCCGGCAUGUCUGACAUUCAGGAAGCCACUGACCAACUCUUGGAUGUGAACCUGUUUGAGAACCAGAGGUUUGUACAAGUGACAGAAAGUGGCCACAGAAGUGAGCCUGAGCAUCUCCAAGUCACUAUUGGAGCCACUGUACCUACUGGCUUUGAGCAAACAGCUGCGGAUGAAGUGAGAGAGAAACUGGGGUCAUCAUGCAAAAUCAGCAAAGACCGGGGCAAGAUAUAUUUUGACAUUUCAGUGGAAAGUCUGGCCCAGGUUCAUUGUUUGAGGUCAGUUGAUAACUUAUUUGUGGUUGUUCAGGAGUUAAAGGAUUACCAAUUCAAAGAAACAAAGGAAGAAGUUCUAAAAGAUUUUGAAGACUUGGCUGGGAAACUUCCAUGGUCUGACCCUUUAAAAGUGUGGAAAAUUAACACCAGUUUCAAGAAAAAAAAAGCAAAGCGCAAAAAAAUAAAUCAAAAUUCAAGUAAAGGGAAGAUUAAUAAUGGAAGAGGAGAGAAAAUAGAUGAGAGAGAUGUUAAAAAAGACUUCACUAGCGAUGCCUUAGAUCCACAUAUCCUAGACUAUUAUGAAAAUCCAGGCAUUAAAGAGGAGAUAUCAACAUUAGUAGGUGAUGAUUUGGCAUCUUCCAAAGAAGAUGACACUGAUGAAAGCUCCAAAGAAGAAACUGACCAUCGAGCACUAAAAUUUAGAGUCACAUGCAAUAGGGCAGGGGAGAAACAUUGCUUUACAUCAAAUGAGGCUGCAAGAGAUUUUGGGGGUGCUGUUCAAGACUAUUUUAAGUGGAAGGCUGACAUGACCAACUUUGAUGUGGAGGUUCUUUUGAAUAUCCACGAUAAUGAAAUAGUUGUGGGCAUUGCACUGACAGAAGAGAGUCUCCACCGAAGAAAUAUCACACAUUUUGGACCCACAACUCUUAGAUCUACUCUUGCCUAUGGAAUGCUCAGGCUCUGCGCUCCUCAACCGUCUGAUAUAAUAGUUGAUCCAAUGUGUGGAACAGGGGCAAUACCAAUAGAGGGGGCUACUGAGUGGUCUAAAUGUUACCAUAUUGCUGGUGACAAUAAUCCAUUGGCUGUGAACAGAGCAGCAAAUAACAUCUCAUCUUUAUUGACCAAGAACCAAAUUCAAGAAAGCAAACCAUCCUGGGGCCUACCCAUAGAUGCUGUUCAGUGGGAUAUCUGCAAUCUGCCAUUAAGAACUGGCUCUGUGGAUAUCAUUGUAACAGACAUGCCAUUUGGAAAAAGGAUGGGCUCCAAGAAGAGAAACUGGAACCUUUAUCCAGCUUGUUUACGGGAGAUGAGCCGUGUCUGUAGGCCUGGGACAGGCCGAGCUGUACUGCUUACCCAGGACAAGAAAUGCUUUACCAAGGCAUUAUCCAGAAUGGGACAUGUGUGGCGGAAGGUGCAUACUGUCUGGGUGAACAUAGGGGGUCUUCAUGCUGCAGUUUACCUUCUGAAGCGUACCUCUCAGGCUUUUGUUCGUUCUUCAGAACAAGAUGAAGAAAAAGGAACCCCUUCGUCAUGCCAAGAAUAAAGAUGACUAACAGUAUUUGUACUUCCCAGCACUGGAAAUGUCAGCUUGAAGAACUUGAGAAAAAAAUAGUAUUAACAAAAGUGCAUUUUACACUGAAUUUAAACUGGUAUAAAGCUUUUCACCCUACUUAGCAAAAGAUGUACACAUAAUGUGAUGGAACUGAAAAAAGUCUUAUGAGAAAGUAGAGCUUUUCUUCAGAGCUGUUUUAAAGGGGUAGCUGAGCAAUUAGAACUUUUCUUAAAAUGCUUUAAAGAUGUCUAGUGAAAAGCCUACUAAAAUGCUCUGGGAUUUGGGCUUACAACAGUUUGUUUUCAAGCUUUGCUGCAGCAGUUCCUGUUUCUAUGGUGGCAGGUGGAAAGCCACCUUGGCCUAAAGGAAAGGCAGAGAACAUAUCAGAGCGUCUUGGGUCAUGUCUGUGCUGAUGCAGCUUUGCUUUGCACUUGCUUAAUUUCUCAUUACCUCAGCUUCAAACAAUGAAGUGUUAUUACACUUCAUGACCAGUGUUUGUCCCACAACAAGAUGAAAUCACAAGGCCUGUGGGAAAAUUUACCAUUUGCUUUAAAAAUUUAUACAUCUUUUAUUCAGAUUAGUACAUGGAACUAAAAUAGUAUGAGGAUUUAUCAAGGAGAUUGCAAAGAUACUGGGCUAUUAUUAGUAUGGAACAUUUCUUUUUGUAAAUAGUAGCAAAUACAUAUAUAAAAAUAAAGAUGCAGUGUGGGACCAACAA